AUGUCUCUCACGACGGCCGUCAGGCCUGUUCCGGACCCCAGGCAGCCUGAGAAGUUGAAGUUGAAGCCGUUUCGCAAUCGCCGGAUGGGCAGCGAUCCCAGCGUCGAAACUGCCGUCGAUGUUGAUGCCAAUGCCAAUGUCACUGUCACCCCCAAACCCGUCCAACUACAACGGGGCAGGACCAAUUCCUCCCUCUCGUCACGGAUGACUCUAAAAAGCCGGAAAGGCAGUAUGUUCAAGAGGGAGAAGGAGGUCGGCCCCGCCCACCACCACCACCAUCACCAUAUCCAUUUCACCACCCAUCCCAUGUUUCCGCCCAUUCCGAUUUACGGCCCGCCAUCGUUAUUAAGCAGAGUACAAUACAAGGGUCUUCAAUGUCUCUCGUUUUUCCUCUCCCUGGCCUUCCUGAACAUGGUCAUUGCUGGAGCGGUGGUUAAAUCCACCCGAACGGGCCUUUCGAAUCUAUCCCUUCGCCUUCGCGGUGUGAACCCCAAUAAGCGCAGGAAAUUCUACAAGGAGGAACAGGAGAGGAAAAAAGAACGCAAAGAAGCCGCUCGGAAAUGGAAGAAACUACAGAAAGCAGGGGAAAGCCAGCGACUGGAACCACGGGACCUCGAGGAGGGGGGAUUCGGCGACCCCGAGUUCCCUCCAUUGGAAGGGGGCAAGGAUAAGCUUGUGUGCGAUGUGAGGUACUAUGCGCGACGCGUGGGAUUGGAUGUCGAGACGUUCAAGGUGCAGACGGAGGAUGGGUUUGUGAUCACCCUGUGGCAUGUAUACAAUCCACAGGAAUACACCCCUUUGAGCGAGGAGGAGAGGGGAUAUCGACACCCUCGCGUUUUUGCGGCGCCCAAUUCCAAUCGACAAUUUCCGACUUCGAAUCGGAAAUAUCCCGUCCUGUUGAUCCACGGGCUGUUACAAAGUGCAGGUGCCUAUUGCACGAAUGACGACGACAGCCUUGCUUUCUUCCUGUGCAAGGCGGGCUACGACGUUUGGCUGGGAAAUAAUCGCUGUGGUAUGUGGCCCGAACACACGACAUUGUCCUCUUCGGAUCCACGAAUGUGGGCGUGGAAUAUUCGACACAUGGGCGUGCUGGAUCUCUCAGCUCUGAUUUCGCGCGUGCUGUAUGAAACGGGUUUCGAGAAACUAGGUCUUGUUUGCCACUCGCAGGGUACCACACAAACAUUUGUAGCUCUAGCAAAGGACCAACGGCCGGAGCUGAGCGAGAAGAUCUCCGUGUUCUGCGCGCUCGCCCCAGCCGCCUACGCGGGUCAGCUAUUGGAGAAGAAACAUCUACAAUUCAUCACUAAUCUGUCUUCCCGCAUGUUCACAUUGUUCUUCGGCAUCCACGCCUUUAUCCCGUUCAUGAUGAGCAUGCAUUCGAUCGUCCCCCCCAGGGUAUUUGGGGACUUGGCCUAUCUGGUCUUCUCCUUCUUGUUUGACUGGAGUGACGACCGCUGGGACCGCGACCUCCGCCACCGAAUGUUCCAGUUCGCGCCUGUAUACGUCUCCGCCGAAACGAUGCGAUGGUGGCUAGGUUGCGACUGCUUCGCGAUGCACAAGUGCAUUCUCACGACGCGCGAGGAUGGCCAAAAGGAGGAGGAGGAAGAUUACUACUUUGAGAAUGCCUCACAGAUAGAAAAAUGUUCCUUGCAGGAUGAAGAUGCCAGCAACUACAAUCAACAGCCGCCGUCACCGUCAUCAUCGACCUCGUCGUCGCCAUUCUUCUCCAGAAAGGACACGGCCUGGUUUGGAGAGAACGUCCCUCCCUUCGCACUGUGGAUUGCAGGAUCCGAUCACCUGGUCGACGGGCGCAAGCUGCUCAAGCGCUUCCAGAACGGACGAGAGCCGAAUGUCCGCCUUGUCCACGCCAAAGUGAUCGAAGAGUAUGAGCAUCUCGACGUCCUAUGGGCGAUGGAUGCGGUGGACCAGGUUGGAAAGGAGGUUCGAGACGUGAUUUGGAAGACGAUGCCCAAGAGUGCGAAGGAUGUGUGCCGGGUACCGAGAGGCGUAGAGCCUGAUUCUUGA